AUGAAGCCUUGUAGACAAAGUAAACUAUUUGGGUUUGGGGCUUUGGAUUUGGGCCCAAAAGCAAAACAUAAACAAGCUGGACCACUGGGCUUUUCAAGGCCCACUAAUAGUGAUCUCCUCAUUAACCCUAGACGGAGCCGUAGCAUAUAUUUAUUGUUAAGCUGCAGCUGCGAAAACCCUAGUAGUCUCCAAGAGUUGAGAGACAGUGAGAGAAGAGAGAAAAACCAAUCGAGAGAAAUGGCUGCCGCCGCCGCACGUCCUCUCGUCUCCGUCCAGGGUUUGGACGGUGACAUGUCCACCGAUCAAUCCUCCACCGUCGUAUUGCCCGACGUCAUGACGGCGCCUGUUCGUCCAGACAUCGUCAGCUUCGUUCACGCCCAAAUGUCCAACAACAGUCGACAGCCUUACGCCGUCUCAAAGAAGGCCGGUCACCAGACCUCGGCCGAGUCGUGGGGAACCGGACGUGCCGUCUCGCGUAUCCCUCGUGUUCCCGGAGGUGGUACCCACCGUGCCGGUCAAGCCGCCUUCGGUAACAUGUGUCGCGGUGGUCGGAUGUUCGCCCCGACUAAGAUCUAUCGCAAAUGGCACAAACGCAUCAAUGUGAACAUGAAGCGUCACGCAAUCGUCUCAGCCAUCGCCGCAACUGCUGUUCCCGCUCUUGUGAUGGCUCGUGGUCACAAGAUCGAGAACGUCCCGGAGAUGCCUCUUGUUGUCAGCGACUCCGCCGAGGGUGUGGAGAAGACCUCAGCUGCGAUCAAGGUUCUGAAGCAAAUCGGCGCUUACGAUGACGCAGAGAAGGCCAAGGAUAGCAUUGGGAUCCGUCCCGGUAAAGGUAAAGCGAGGAACCGUCGUUACAUUUCCAGGAAAGGUCCUCUCGUGGUUUACGGAACGGAGGGAUCUAAGAUUGUGAAGGCCUUUAGGAACCUUCCUGGUGUUGAGCUCUGCCAUGUGGAGAGGCUUAACUUGUUGAAGCUUGCUCCUGGUGGUCACCUUGGCCGGUUCGUGAUCUGGACCAGAUCUGCUUUCGAGAAGCUCGAGUCUAUCUAUGGCUCGUUCGAGAAGCCAUCUGAGAAGAAGAAGGGGUAUGUGCUUCCUCGUGCCAAGAUGGUGAAUGCUGAUCUCGCUAGGAUUAUCAACUCUGACGAGGUUCAGAGCGUGGUGAAGCCGAUUAAGAAGGACGCGAAGAGGGCUGUUAUGAAGAAGAACCCAUUGAAGAACCUGAACGUGAUGCUGAAGUUGAACCCGUAUGCUAAGACCGCGAAGAGGAUGUCGUUGUUGGCUGAAGCGCAGAGGGUCAAGGCCAAGAAGGAGAAGCUCGCCAAGAAGAGGAAGACAGUCACCAAGGAGGAGGCGUUGGCAAUCAAAGCAGCAGGGAAGUCGUGGUACCAGACUAUGAUUUCCGACAGUGACUACACCGAGUUCGACAACUUCACCAAAUGGCUCGGUGCUAGCCAGUAAUAAAUCUAUCUGCUUGAAUCACUUUGAUGUUUAGGGAAAGAUUUUGGUUCUAUAUCUGUUUUGUCAUUUGGAGUCAGAAUAUUAAGUUUAUGAACAAGUUUUCAGUUUUCAUUUCUCCAUUUGGUACCUUUGCUUUUUGAUACCUUUAUAUAUGUUUUGUUCCUCCUCCGUUUUCUUUGACAAUACCUGUUAUGUUAUGAACCAAAUUCAGUUCUUAACUCCAUAUCUUAUCUCAGUUUAAAUCAUCU